CUAGAUAGUAUUUAAAAACUUCUUGCCUCACAAUAUAUGAAUUCACAAAUUCACAUUACUUUUUGGUUCUUUUAUACUGUACGUAGUUGAGAUUUUCAAAGCUUAGCUUGCACAAUACAUACAUCACACAAGAAGAAGAGAGGAUCAAAGAUGAGAACCAGUUGCUUCCUGGGUCUUCACCCUCCACCAUCUUCAAAACAAGCUUCUCUCAUCCCCAUAAAGCCACCUCAAAUUCCACUGACGAAAACUAACGAAGAUGGCUGCUGGAGGAAGCAAUUCGUUGUGAUGGGAGUAGCAGCGUCGUACUGCACCAUCAUCGGACUAGAAUUCUCCGAUCCGGUGGCCUCAUCAGCUCAUGAAUCCAUGGCACACGAGGAGAUCAUCAUGAUCGGAGAGGUUGAUGAAGUGGUGUUGAACAAUUCAUGGUCGGUUUCGGUUGGUAGUGGCGGUGCCAAAUGGAGCCAGAAAAGGGCGUGUCCUCCUUGGCGAGGUAACGCUUUGGAAACCAUCGUGCCGGAGAAUCUUCCGCGGCCAGCGGCGCGGCGGAGAUACGAGGCUGUUCGGUCAACCUCCAAGACGGCGCCGCCGCUCUCUGAAGCCUUCAAAAUUAAAUCCAACAGUUAUAGUUGCUUCUCCAUGUAGUAAAACUGUAAUUACUUGUAUAUAAUAGUUAUAGUUACUGAUUAUUAAUUGCAGACAUGGUUAAUUAUGUGCUCUUUUACACUCAA